ACCAACGUACACUCCGCCGCACUCGCCAUGAUCGCCACUGCAACCUCCUCCUCCCUGCUGCACAAACCACUCUGAACAAUCGCCAGAACAUGCGCUUCUCUCUCUACCAAUCGCCAUUGCAACCAGUUGGUAAGUAACUUCGCAAUCAAAAAAUUGGAGCAAGGAGUUAAUAUUCUCUCCAUCGGUGAUUUGCUUUGUUCGUAAUCCAGAUUUCACGAAGGAAAAGUUCUGUACAAAAUCAAAUCCGUGAGUUUGUUCUAUCGUGUUGGAAAAUGGCGAACCAAAGCAAGAAACAAAACCAGAACCAGAAUCAGAAUCAAAAUCAGAAUCAAAAUCAAAAUCAAAACCAAAACCAAAACCAAAACCAAAAUCACUGCCAUAAUCAGAAUUCCAACAAGAACACGGACGAAGAUUUCAACCUUAGGGAGACAACGCCAAGCCUGGGAAGCGGGAGAAUCGCCAGAAAUGAUCGUGCCGGCACCGCCUUCGAUUUGGUGGAGCAGAUGGAUUAUCUCUACAUCAAAGUGGUAAAAGCCAGGGAGUUGCAGGGAAACCCUAGCCCCUUCGUGGAACUGAAGCUUGGCGGCUUGAUUUCCACCACCAGGCACAUGGAAAACACCUCCAUUCCGGAAUGGAAUCAAGUGUUCUCAAUUCUGAAAGAUCGCAUCGAGGCCACACUAAUUGAGAUUUCAGUGAAGGAUAAAGCUAAAGGCAAUGAUCUGAUAGGAACUAUCUCAUUCGACGCCAUUGAUGUUCCAAGAAGAGUACCUCCAGACAGUCCAUUAGCACCCGAGUGGCACAGGCUAGUGAACAAGAAACGAGAAAAGAUAGCUAUGGAGUUGAUGCUCGCCAUUUGGAUGGGCACACAGGCUGAUGAAGCAUUCCCAGAAGCAUGGGAUCUUGAUGCUACAUCCGUUAAUGGCGACGGCUUAGGCAGCAUUCGAUCGAAGGUGUACUUGUCGCCGAGGCUAUGGUAUUUAAGGGUAAACGUGAUUGAGGCGCAAGAAUUGCAGAUCGGCGAGAAGAACAGACAGCAGCCGGAGAUUUUCAUAAGGGUCACCAUUGGAAACAUGAUUCUCCAAACAAAGAUCUCCCAAAGCAAAAAUGUCAAUCCAUUGUGGAACGAGGAUUUGAUGUUUGCAGUAGCAGAGCCUUUCGACGAACAUCUGGUUUUAUCAGUCGAGGAAAGAACCGCGCCGUGCAAGGAUGAAAAUCUCGGCACGGUAACGAUCCCAUUGCAAGAAGUCGACAAGAGAUUGGAUUUCAGGCCUCCAGUUAGCAAAUGGUAUCAUCUUGGAAAGCAUUCGAAUUCCGACAAAAAUGCGAAUGUAUUGAAAAGCAGAGUUCACUUGAGGAUUAGUUUAGACGGCGGAUACCAUGUUCUUGACGAGCUAACACAUUACAGCAGUGAUCUAAGAGCAACAGCCAGGCAGCUAUGGAAGCCGCCAAUCGGGGUGCUCGAAUUAGGGAUAUUAAGCGCGCAAAACCUCACGCCGACGAAGACAGCAAACGGCAAUGGCAAAGGAUCGACAGACGCUUACUGUGUUGCGAAAUACGGGCAGAAAUGGAUUCGGACAAGAACAAUCUUAAACAGCGUGAAUCCAAAGUGGAACGAGCAGUACACAUGGGAAGUCUUCGAUCCCUGCACCGUGAUAACAAUCUGCGUCUUCGACAACUCGAAGCUGCAAGCCCCGAAUUCUAACAACAAAGAUUCGAGAAUUGGGAAGGUCAGAAUCCGAUUGUCGACACUCGAGACGGGUCGAGUCUACACGCAUCUCUACCCGCUGAUCGUCCUGACUCCGUCCGGCAUAACAAAAACCGGCGAGAUACAAUUAGCCGUGAGAUUCUCGUGCGCGUCGCUGCUCAACAUGAUGAUGAUGUACUCGCAGCCGCUCCUGCCAGAUCUUCAUUACCUCCAUCCACUGAGCUGUCACCAGAUCGAGAUCCUACGGCAUCAAGCGACGCAGAUCAUCUGCAAGAGGAUGAGUCGAGCAGAGCCGCCGUUGAGGAGGGAAGUCGUCGAAUACAUACUCGACGUGGGAUCGAACAUGUGGAGCGUGAGAAGGAGCAAAGCGAAUCAUUACCGGAUCGCGAUAAUCCUCUCGGCGUUAGUCAAGUUUGUCAAAUGGUUUGAUCAGAUUCGUUCUUGGAAGAACCCGUUGGUCACGAUCCUCGUCCACAUCCUCUUCCUCGCGUUCGUGUGCUCCCCGUGGAUGAUAUCAAGCACCGUGUUCCUCUGCCUGUUCUUGAUUGGGGCGUGGAACUACCGCGGUCGACCCAGGCACCCGCCGUACAUGGACGUUCGACUCUCGCAGGCUGACGCGGCGCACGGGCACGAGCUGGAGGAGGAGUUCGACACGUUCCCGACAUCGCUGACGCAGGUCGACGCGAUGAAAAUGCGGUAUGACCGAUUGAGAGCGAUCGCGUCGAGGGUUCAGACGGUGUUGGGAGACUUGGCGACGCAAGGGGAGCGAUGCUAUAAUCUCGUGAGCUGGCGAGACCCGCGAGCGACGGCGCUGUUUCUGAUGUUCUGCUUGAUCGCGUCGGUGGUUUUGUACGUAACGCCGCCGAAAGCGGUGGCGGCUGUGAUGGGAUUUUACGGCAUGAGACACCCGAGGUUUCGGGACCGGCUGCCGGGUUGUCCGACGAAUUUCUUGAGGAGAUUACCCGCCAAAACUGAUGGAUUGCUGUGA